AUGGCGACUACCUACGGCAUUCGAGACCUCUACGGAGGCGCCAUGACGGUGGAGCUACCGGUAGACCUCAUUGAUUCCAGCGACCUUCGCCAGAUCCCAGACCAUCAAGAAGUUUUUCUCUCCCCGACGACGUUGACGUCGCUCAUCUUCGAGAUCAACGACUAUGCCGACGGCGGCCACCUGGACUAUCCCACCACAACGACGACCACGACGACCAGACCGGACGGCACUACGACGACCACGACGACGACCGUUGUGAACGGCACUUCCACUUCUGUUUCUGUUCCUGCUUCUAUUCCUGUUUCCGGAGACCAAGCAGAAACAGAGACACAGACAGCGCAGAACGAUGCAGAAGCCGCCAAAUUCCAUUUCACAGACGUCAUCUCGCCCCCGGACACGCUGGCUUCACCGCUCCCGACGCCGCAGAGAGUCACGCUGCAAAGGCCCAGCUUGGCUGCAUAUCCGGCAUAUAUCGUCACAGGCAAUAUCAGGAGCCACGAUCAAUCUCGCCGAGCGGAACCUCCGACGGCAGCGACAGCGACAGCGGCAACUUCAGCAUCAUUAUCGUCAUCGACAGCGAACCAGCUCCAGUCACUCGUGCAUCAGAUCCAGCUCCUCAUCCGUAUGGAGGAUUAUGCCACCGACCUGUGUGUUCGGGUCAAUGUGCCUUUGAAGGAGCUCGUCGACAAUAACGAAGUUGCUGCCGAGGCAGCGUUUGCCAGAGAUCUGAUCGCCAGUGUGGUUGCGACUCUUGACGUUGUGGACUUUGGCCUUUUCGGGAAUUGA